AUGGAGAAAUUCUCCACCAAACGCCGCCGCAUCACCGCCGCCGCGGCAGCAGCCUUCUUCAUCCGCCACUACCCCUACUUCAUCUACAUCCUCUUCAUUCCCUUCCUCUUCUCUAUCAAGUUCCUCCACCUCCGCUCCCCUCCGUCUCCCCCACCCAUGAACCCCUGCUCCAACCGCUACAUCUACAUCCACAACCUCCCCUCUCGCUUCAACACCGACCUCCUCCACAACUGCCGCUCUCUAAGCCAAUGGACGGACAUGUGCCUCCUCCUCUCCAACUCCGGUCUCGGCCCUCCACUCCCUCCCUCCUCCAUCCUCCCCUGUUCCACCUGCUACUCCACCAACCAAUUCUCCCUCGAACUCAUCUUCCACAAUCGCAUCAACCGCUAUCCCUGCCUCACCACCAACUCAUCCCAAGCCACCGCCAUUUUCGUCCCGUUCUACGCCGGCCUCGAUAUCUCCCGCCACCUCUGGUCCGGCUCAACCGCCGGCAACAUCUCGGUUCGAGAUUCCUCCCUUCACGACCUGACACGAUGGCUCACUUCUCAGCCUGAAUGGGCCGUCAUGGGAGGCAGAGAUCAUUUCUUCGUCGCCGGUAGAAUUACAUGGGAUUUCCGGCGGUUGACGGACGGCGAAAACGAGUGGGGUAGCAAACUGCUGCUUUCGCCGGCCGUGUUGAAUAUGACGGCGCUUGUGAUCGAGUCCAGCCCUUGGCACACCAAUGAUAUGGCGGUGCCGUACCCGACGUACUUUCACCCCAGUACGGUCCGGGAUGUAGCUGCGUGGCAGGAAAGGGUUGGCCGGCUGCGCCGCCAGUUGCUCUUCUCUUUCGCCGGCGCCCCGCGGCCGAACAGGACCGACGAUAUACGUGGCCGGCUCACGGAGGAGUGCAAGGGUUCGGCGAGGUGCGGCCUGCUGGAGUGCGGGUCGAGCGAGAGGCGGUGCCACUCGCCGGAGAGCGUGAUGAAGCUAUUUCAGAGCUCAGUAUUCUGCCUCCAACCGCAAGGCGAUUCCUACACCCGGCGCUCAGCUUUCGACGCCAUGGUGGCAGGCUGCAUUCCGGUGUUCUUCCACCCGGGCUCAGCUUACGUGCAGUACUACUGGCAUUUGCCGAGGAACUACAGCUCCUACUCGGUUUUCAUAGCGGAGAAAGAGGUGAGGGAAGGGAAGGUGAAAGUUGAGGAUGUUCUGGUGAGGUUUGGGAAGGAGAGGGUGAGGGCUAUGAGGGAAGAAGUGGUGAGAUUGAUUCCGAGAUUGGUGUAUGGGGAUCCUAGAGGGAAGAUGGAGAGUGUGAAGGAUGCGUUUGAUGUGACUGUGGAAGGGGUGAUUCAGAGAGUAGAGAGAAGGAGGACUAGGAGGAGACAUGAGAAUUGGUCUAGUGAAGGUGAUGAGGAGGAAAGCUGGCAGUUUUAUCUGGGUGGGAAGGAGAAGCAUGAGUGGGAUUACUUCUUUUCUUCAGCAAGCAUGUAA